UUCAAAAAAAUGUCCUGUUUAACCCUGAAACGUUCUCGUCGCCUUGAGGAUGAAUCCCCAGACGAAUAUACCCCCAAGAAAGCGCCAAGGCUCAAAACUGGCCGUGGAGUACCCAAGCGCAAGCAGGCCAUGGAUGUCGAGGCGCCAGACAUCCAUCCCGCCAAGCGGCAGUGCAAGUCUGGCAUCGAAGCCCAGGCAGAGACCAGUCAGAGUCCAGCCAAGGGCGACCAGAAGCUUUUCACGUUCAACCAGUUGCAGGCCAUGUGCUGCCGCAUGAUCAAUCAAAAGGACGAGGAGCUGAGCGAGCACUACGAGUGCCAGCUGACCGAACAGCUGACGGCACAAUACGACACGUUCAUCAAGUUCACACACGAUCAAAUGCUGGGAGGGGGCUUGCUGAAGAACUCCAGCUAUCUGUCGUAGAAAGCGUUCAAAAGUUUAAAGAGUUUGUGUUGGAAUAAAGUUGAUUUUCAUUAA